GCUGGCAGACGACAAUCAAUAGUCUGCAAAAUGAUAUUGGUUUUCAACAUCAUGGUCACACACAUAACACACUGUUUGUUCCACAGAAGAAUCUAUUUCUAUGGAAAUCAAUGAACAGUGGAUGAAUAUGGAAGUAACUGUUGAGGGAAUUUAGAGACCUUGAAUAUUUCAAUAAAAGAUACAUCAAGAAGUUGGAUCCUGGUUCAAAAUAGCAUCUUGACUUACAAAAGAUAAGCAACAUGGCAACAAUGUCGGAGAAAGACUUGAAGGCGGAUGCCAAGAACUUUUGCGAGUCUCUGGCGAAUGUUUUCAUGAUGAAAAGACGUGAUCCACAGACCCAGCAUCUCCUACAGAAAUCCAAGUCACUGAUAGAAGCUCUUUUACAAGAGAAGCGCUCCAAAACCGAGCGUCCAUCGAUUCCCCCAAAACCUGCGCGCGCAGGAGGCGGAAGUAUGGGCCAGCUCUGGGUAAAACUGGAUGAAAUGAAGCGCGAAAACGACGAAUUAAAGAAAAAGUUACACGGAAAAAUGCAUGAUGAAAAAACAAUGCAAAGUAAAACGCAAGGGCCAGGGGAAGUAAUUAUAACCGAAUUGCACAAAUCCAAAACAGAGAAUGAAACUCUUCGAUCACAACUUGAAAAGUCAAUGACCAGCAUUAAAGAACUUGAAAAAGUAAAUCUCACUUUGCAGGACGAGUUCAAGAGAACAAAGGUUGCACAUGACGUGGCCCAGAAAUCACUUGAAAAAGUAAAACAAGAACAGAAAACUCUUGAAUCGUCUUUAGACACCGUCAAAACGGAGAACGAUAAGUUGAAAAUGAGAUGUACAAACAGCGUGAAACCCAUGAAAAGGGCAGACAACCGUUUCGUCGAGAACAUCAAUGAGAAAUGUCGGCCUAGUAACAUCGCUCUAUUGUAUAAUAAUCUAGAGUCUCAACAAUGGGUGGACGCUAAAGAAGGUCUUGAGGACGCUGGGUACGAGGACGAGGAGAUGAUAACCAAAUUCCUAUGUGACAUAUUAAUGGUAACGUAUUCUAUUUGCACAGAACUUCUGACUGAUAUAGACAAUGGUAUAGCAGGUCUUUUGAAGGAUCCAAGUAAACUUCUUGACAGUUCGUUUCUGGAUUGUACCAAAGAUUCUUUAUGUUUACCAGACGAACUUCUACACAGCAUUAAAGACGUACUACGUCAGAAUUAUGAAGAUAUAGACCCUGAACCAAUUGUCACGAAAUGUAAAGAAAAGGUGAGAUGUGCAAACGAAUGGGACCAAUUCGAAGGAGUAUUAGGUCAUAAAUCUAUAAAUAGAUAUAUGGAACAGUGCGCAUGCGUGACUUGGCAAAUGGUUGUACAGCAAUCACCAAUGUGGUUAAGCACAAGUGACACUUAUUUCGACGAGGAGCUCCAUAAACUAUGGUGGUCAUGUGACAAAUCAAGCGCCAAAAUGAUAAAGUUUUUCGUCUGGCCUGCCUUAUACGACUGCAGAAAUGGAAAUCUUUUAGUAAAAGGCUGCGUGAAUACAUCUAUGGAAUAAUUUUUUAUUUGUUUUGUCUAGUUCCACUUGAUAUAUAAAAACAGAAGAAGAAGAAACAGAUAUAAUAACCAAAAAUUGACAAUCAGUAAUAUUAAUGAUGGACAUUCUGCGAGUGCAAAGUUGGUGAAAUGCAGAACGAUGUUGAAUAAGUUUCCAAAACUUAGAAAUGAUGUACAUUGCAGUUCUUACUUUAUACAUAACCAUGAAAUAUAUGAAACAGAUGCUUUAAUAAGUGACACGAACUUUUUUUUAAUUAAAGCAAUUAUAGCGCCAUCUGUAUGACACUUUUUUUUCGAAUAAAUAACCUUGAUUCAAAGUA